UCCUAUCUUCUUUCGUACAGCUUUCUUUGUUAGGAAGUGAUUAAGAGCAAACCAUUGGAUCUGCUCUCCUGGACACAGAAUUAUUCCCUGAGUAUUUAAAAAUAUUAAUGUUAGGGAUAAAGAAGAGGAAAAAGGGCAGAAUGAUGUUUAGAAAAGAAUAAGGUUAGGUAAAAAGUGAUUUGAUUAGAGAAAUUCUUUCGCUUCUCUUGCCUGCCCCCACCACAUUUAGAACUGCUUGUAUUAAGAGUUCAAAUAGCUUUAAGAAGCUUUAGUUUCAAGGUCUUCUUUAAUCCUGAAUGUACCCAAAUUUGUUUCCCAAGACUCACCAUUUCCCAACUUCAGAAGAGAUCCUGCGCCAUUCUCCCAUUUGUCUUUUCCCCUUCCUUUCCUGCCAAAUCAGGAUUGAUCCUCCCUCCCUCACUUCUUUCCUUCCUUCCUGAGUUCCCACGGCUUACCUUCCUUAAAGUCUUCCCAGGAAGGUCUCCUGAUACUGUAGCUCCUCACCCUCUUUUCUAUUAGUUCCCUAAGGAUUCCAUGGUUCCAGUAGAAUAUGUAUCACGUAUAUGGUUAUAACACCUCUAUUUGGAUGGGUUCACAUAUCCACAGGUAAAUGAGAGACUUCAUGAAAAUGAGGGCUGAAUUUCUGAGUGUAUUUUCCCCAACCAAGAAUAAGAAGGUGAACAUUUAGUUUGUUCUCUUAGCUCAAAUUAUGUUCACUAUUACCAAGGUAAGAGUUAAACUAAGAGAAUCCAGACUUCUGGAGGGCAGGGAGUUCAAAUAUUACAGACUAGAUACCUAGACUAAAGGCCUUGUCUCACUGUAUAGUUCUAUAAAAUGCAAAAUCACAAGGUUUUGAGAUGUUGAAAUGACUGUUCCCACCCAACCCAACUGUCCAAUGCUGCUUUAAGAAAAAAAAAAAGAAAAACAAAAUAAGAAGUAACUUUCCUCAAAAAAAAAUAAUAAAAUAUGGUCCAUUUUGUUAAGAAUUUUCUAUGGAGCAAGGCCUAUUAUGUGGCUAGGAUGGGGAUACUUAUCUAGACAAGUAUUUAUAUUUAUUGAUUACAUAUUUUGAUAUCAAUAUGUAUAUAUUUAUAAAAUAAAUAAGAUAUAGGUCUUGCAAUGUUGUGUUUAAAGUGCUGAAACACUACCAGUUUUGUAAUCCCCUCAGUUGCUUCUUCGUUUUAUAAGAUACUAAAAGCCUCACCAAAUGGAAGUAGACUGGGAGUUCCCUUGCUCCAUGAUGCUAUUAUGUACAGCUAACUCCAAGACUGAACCAAAAUGACAGCUGCUCAAUUUGAUUGUCAAUACUGCACAGCAUCACUUCUUGGGAAGAAGUAUGUACUAAAGAAUGACAAUCCAUAUUGUGUUUCAUGUUACGAUCGUAUCUUUUCUAACUAUUGUGAAGAGUGCAAAGAACCAAUCGAAUCAGAUUCCAAGGAUCUUUGUUACAAAGGCCGACACUGGCAUGAAGCAUGCUUCAAUUGCGCCAAAUGCAAUCACUCUUUGGUGGAAAAGCCUUUUGCUGCCAAGGAUGAACGCCUGCUGUGCUCGGAGUGCUAUUCUAACGAGUGCUCCUCCAAGUGCUUCCACUGCAAGAAGACCAUCAUGCCUGGUUCCCGCAAAAUGGAAUUUAAGGGAAACUACUGGCAUGAAACCUGUUUUGUGUGUGACCAUUGCCGACAGCCAAUAGGAACUAAGCCUUUGAUUUCCAAAGAGAGUGGCAAUUACUGUGUGCCAUGUUUUGAGAAGGAGUUUGCUCACUACUGCAGCUUUUGUAAGAAGGUGAUAACUUCAGGUGGGAUAACGUUUCAUGACCAACCAUGGCAUAAAGAGUGUUUUCUGUGCAGUGGCUGUAGGAAAGAGCUCUGCGAAGAAGAGUUUAUGUCCAGAGAUGAUUAUCCAUUCUGUUUGGACUGCUACAACCAUCUUUAUGCCAAAAAGUGUGCAGCCUGCACCAAACCCAUUACUGGUCUCAGAGGUGCCAAGUUUAUCUGCUUUCAAGACCACCAGUGGCACAGUGAAUGCUUUAACUGUGGCAAGUGCUCGGUCUCCUUGGUGGGGGAAGGCUUCCUGACCCAGAACAAGGAAAUCUUCUGCCGCAAGUGUGGCUCUGGAUUGGACACUGACAUCUAGAGGGAGGCAGUCUUUCCUCACCUGAAAUCCACCUUGCUUGUGUUCUCACUAAAUCCAGAAUGUGCUUGAAGUAGUAUUUCUGAUAUACAUUUUAGCAAAUAUUAAUGUAGAGUUUAUAGUAGAAGGAUUUUUGCACACAUUCUGAUUGAACUAUAUCGUAAGAGCUCAGAAAAAGCACAGUCGAACAGGAAUGAAUAUAUCCUAACUCACAAAGGCAUCUCUCCUUGCAAAACACUGCACUCUACUGUUAAAAACAUAAGAAAAUAUCUCCUUAUGGUAAUCAAACACAUGACCUAUACCUAGAAGUCACGGAUAUUAUUAUCGAAGAGUGAUGUUUUUCAAAACUGCAGAGUAAAAAAGGAAAUUAAGAGAUUAAAUUGACAGGCACACGUGAAGCUAAUGUUUGCAUUCCUAUCUAGCUAGUGAUAUAUAAUAUGAUAGAUUGGCUAUUCAUGGUAGAAGAACAAAACUGAUCAGGGAAAACUGAUUAGUAAUCAUCCUAUUUGAGAAUUCUGUCACUUUAUCAUUCUUUUAUUCACACAUACUGACUUUGGAGUUGCAAAACAAAGCUGCAAUUUACCCUCAUCUACACUGUUUCCACAGCUGGUUGGUUCCAUGUUUAACAAAUGGAAACAAGAAUUUGGACACUAUGGCUCUCAUACUCUGCAUGGGUAUAAAGGGGUCCUCUCUACCUAGGGAUAGUCCCAGCCUAGGUUUCAACAUAUGUUAUAUUAAAUGCAUUUUCAAAGCCUACAGUGAUUUUUCUAAAUACUUACAGAUUCCAUGAGAGAGAAGUCUCUUCUCUUUCAUUCCAUGGAAGUGAAGCCUCUUCCUUCAAAUCAGCUAACCUUUAAAGGCAAACCUUUAAAGUAAAUAGAUCAUUAAGUCAUCACUUGUGGAAAUGAGUUUUAGGGAAGGGAUUGAGCGAUGGAACAUGACUUUCAUCCAGAUAUCUAAAGGCAUAAUAGAAUGCAUAAUUAACUCUGAGCUUCAUGCAUUUUGCCUUCUAAAAUUACACAGAUGAUUAAUGGGAAGACAUAAAAGUGGGCUUUAACGAAAUCUAGUAAUAAUAAGAAGUGAGAAAGAAUAAUUCACUGCUGUUAAUUCAGGACCUGCAAAGCAGUACAAUACAGCAAUGUGGGCUGUAGAUGAGCCCUCCCCACUGUUGCUCCAUACCUGGGCCACCCACCUCACCCCAUGCCAACCAUGUCCCAAGAAUUCCAAUCUCCCGCAUGGCCCAGAGGUGCACUUCCAACCCUGAGCAGCCAUUUUACAAAUAAGUCAGUGUUUAUUGGUCACAAGAGAAGUAACAGCCUUUAGUGAAAAGUCUAUUACCAUAUGCGUAUCUUUCUAUCAAACAUCAACUGAUGAUGGCCCUACCCAGCUGCUCCUGGGCAAUAUUUUCCACAUUAUGAGGGACAAAUGAAAGGCAACCUCUUUUCUCCAUGGCCAGUUAUUGUCCUUAUUAUAGUGUCACUUAGCUGGAGUAGAGGGAGGUCAGGAGAAGAAACACACGCAGACAUAACAUUUUUAAAGUGUCUACUUCUCAGAUUACCGCAUAGCAGUAAAGGUUCUGAUUGAAAUCUAAUUAUAUGAUGUAGCUGAUUACAAUGAUUAAAAUAGUAUCACAGGAGAUGCAAUUUAAAUUGUUAUGGGAACACAAUUUUUGAGAUAGUUCCAAAUGCAAGGACGUUUGGAGAUGCUAACAAUUUAGAACUGGUAGUAAAAGGUCAGGCUACAAAGGCUAUUUGAAAGAUAUUAACUAUCUUUUUUUUUUUUUUUGUAGUAACAAC